CAGGACAGUGACCUCCCCGCUGUGUUUGUCAGCCUGGGGCAGUGCGCUUUAUGAUCUCUGUCACAAUCCUGAGUCUCACGGCUGUGUCGUUUCUGCUCUAUACACAGGGAACUGAAUAGAAAAAAACAAGAAUGAGGCUAUUAGCCAUUUUGGCACUGUGCCUCUGUGGCAGUCUUGCUGUAGAGGACAUCUGCACAGCAAAACCCCGGGACCUUCCUCUCACCCCCAUGUGCAUCUACCGCCGCCCGGAGAUGAAACAGACAGAGACUGAUGAGGGGGAACUGGAGGAAGCCCCCCAUGCCACCAACCCUCGUGUGUGGGAGCUCUCCAAGGCCAACACCCGCUUCGCCCUGUCCUUCUACAAGUCCCUGGCUGCCUCCAAGGCCAACAAAAGCAACAUCUUCAUGUCUCCUAUCAGCAUCUCCACAGCCUUCGCCAUGACCAAGCUCGGGGCCUGUGAUAAGACACUGGAAGAGAUCAUGAGUGUGUUCCAGUUUGAUACCAUUACAGAGAAGACAUCCGACCAGGUCCACUUCUUCUUUGCCAAGCUGAACUGCAGACUCUAUAAAAAAGCUAACAAGUCGUCGGAGUUGAUAUCUGCCAACCGGCUCUUUGGGGACAAAUCUCUGAACUUCAACCAGACCUACCAGGACAUCAGCGAGUUGGUCUACAACGCCAAGCUCAUGCCUCUCAACUUCAAGGAAAAGCCUGAAUUGUCCAGAAAUAUUAUAAACGAGUGGAUCUCUAACAAAACCGAAAACCGUAUCCAAGACGUCAUACCUGAGGGAGCCAUUGACGCCAACACAGCCCUUGUUCUAGUGAACACUAUCUACUUCAAGGGUAAUUGGAAGUCUAAGUUUGACAAGGAGAAUGUCUUCAAUGGUGAAUUUUACAGGUCAGAGACUGAUCAGUGUACAGUGUCAAUGAUGUACCAGGAGACCAAAUUUCGCUACGGCAUGUUCCCAGAAGACAAGGUCAAGGUGCUGGAGCUGCCCUACAAGGGUGAUGAUAUCACAAUGGUACUGAUCCGGCCCAAUGACGGGGUGAACCUGGCGGAGGUGGAGAGCAGCCUGGACCUGAAGAAACUUGUCAAAUGGAUGCACGCCAUCAAGGAGACCACAGUGGCAGUGCAGAUACCACGAUUCGGCAUCACAGACAACUUCAGCCUGAAAGACAAGCUGCAGAGCAUGGGCUUGAGGGACCUGUUUGACCCUAAUAAGUGCAGUUUACCAGGUAUGGUUGAAGGACAACAAAAUGACCUUUACAUUUCAGAAGCAUUUCACAAAGCCUUCUUAGAAGUGAACGAGGAAGGCAGCGAGGCAGCGGCAUCCACUGCAGUCAUUGCCACAGGCCGCUCCAUCAAGAUGAACCGCGCGUUCUUCAACGCCAACAAGCCCUUCCUGCUGCUGAUCCGCGAGGUGUCUAUCAAUACCAUCAUCUUCAUGGGCAGGGUUGCAGAUCCCUGCAACAGCAGCAUCUAACACCCACCUGCUCCUGAAGCCAGACCCCAGCCUCCAUCUGCAACACCAGAAUGUAACGCCCAUCCCAAACUCCCACCUGCUCCUGAAGCCAGACCCCAGCCUCCAUGACCACGUGGAUUACUGGAAUCAAAUUCUAGAACUCCUUGUUGUGAGUGUGUGUGCAUGUGCUCCAUACAGGAGCUUAACAGUACCUCCCCCAAUCAAUUCCUCAACGAAAAAAGGAAUACAUUUUUAAACAGCUGUGAUUUCCUGUAUGACCAGAAGCACAAUAAAGCAAAAAUAAAUAAAUAUA